AUGGAGAUUAGUGGCAGUGUAGUGUUGAAGAAACAAUAUGGGCAUUCCACAUACGAGUCAUUGAGUCAUUAUCAGGUGAAGGACCAAUCAGUCAUUUAUGUUGCAUUUGGAAGCUUCACAGUUUUGACCAGACAGUUUCAAGAACUGGCUCUAGGCCUUGAAUGCACCAAUAUGCCAUUCCUGUGGGUUGUGAGGCGUAAUUUAACAGCAGAAACAGAUAAUGCAUAUCCAGAAGGUUUCAAAGAGCGAAUACAAGGACGAGGAAGAUUAGCCACUUGGGCACCUCAACAGCAGGUCCUGAGUCAUCCUUCAGUUGCCUGCUUCCUCGGCCACUGUGGUUGGAAUUCUACAGUUGAAUGUGUAAGCAAUGGUGUCCCUUUCCUCCACUGGCCUUACUUUGCAGACCAGUUCAGUAAUAGAAGCUACAUAUGUGAUGUUUGGAAGGUUGGAUUAGGAUUGGAUAAAGAUGAAAAUGGAAUCGUUGCACAAGGAGAAGUUAAGAACAAAAUUGAGCAGCUAGUCACUGUUAAAGGCUACAAGGAGAGGGCCCUGGAUUUAAAAGCAAAGGUUAUGAGUAGUCUUAGAGAAGACGGAUGUUCUGGCAAGAAUUUCAACAACUUUGUCAAGUGGAUUAAGGAUGAUUAGAACAACUAUGUGUUCUCUGAGCACGCUUGACUGCCACUUAUCAAUACAAUUUAGCAUUGAUUCCACUCUACAUCAAAGUAUUUAGUAUAUUUUUUUCCUUAA